GCGGCGGCGGGCGCGUCUCUCCCUCGGGGUCCUCGUCGCCAUGGGGUCGGGGUCGCCAGCCGGGAGGCGGCGGUGGCUGUUCUUCACGUCGGUGGUUCUGUGCUGUGUGGCCACGUGCCGGGGCUCUGUGUAUACGUCACAGCCGGAAGUCCGUGUUCCUGAGAAUAGUACUGCCACCCUGACCUGUUCCUACUCCGGCUACUCGUCUCCACGCGUGGAAUGGAAGUUCACCCAUGGGGACGUCACCAGCCUUGUCUGCUAUAAUAACAAGAUCACAGCUUCUUAUAAAGACAGAGUCCGCAUCACGACCUCCGGGAUUGCCUUCACGGAGGUCACCCGGAAAGAUUCGGGGAUGUACACCUGCAUGGUGUCCGACGGGGACGGCAACACGUACGGGGAGGCCAAUAUCCAGCUGAUUGUGCUCGUGCCCCCGUCCAAGCCCGUGGCACAUGUGCCCUCCUCCGCCACCAUCGGGAACCGUGCUGUGUUCACCUGCUCGGAGAAGGAGGGGUCCCCCCCGCCCGAGUUCUCCUGGUUCAAGGAUGGGAUCCUCAUGCCCAGCGACCCCAAGCACAACCGUGCCUUCAGCAACUCCUCCUACACCCUCAAUCAGAAGACGGGGGAGCUGGUCUUCGACCCCUUGACGGCCUUCGACUCGGGGGACUAUUCCUGCGAGGCUCGGAAUGGGGUGGGGUCCCCCAUGGUGUCGGAAGUGGUGCACAUGGAAGCCGCGGAGCUGAACGUUGGGGGCAUCGUGGCCGCCGUGCUGGUGACACUCAUCCUCCUGGGGCUGCUGGUCUUCGGCGUCUGGUUCGCCUACAGCCGUGGCUACUUUGACCGAGCCAAGAAAGGGACCCCUGGCAAGAAAGUGAUCUACAGCCAGCCCUCGGCCCGCAGCCAGGGGGAGUUCAGGCAAACUUCUUCCUUCCUGGUGUGAGGCGGCCUCCGCCCUCCGUCCUCUGUCCACCUGCUCAGGUGCUACUGGGCUUUGGCCCGCAGCCUGGUUUCGCACAAUGACGUCUCACUUCCUGCCUUAGCUAGGAUGUCACACCUCCCUCCUCCCCCCAUACCGCUUCCUCUUCUGACAUCACUGUGGACUUGUCCCCCGUGGGAAUGGGGGACCGAGCUGCCCGUGGACCCCCGCCCUCCACAAUGCUGGCGGGGGUAAUGGGUGCUUAGCAAACGUCUGCCUUGGGGGCUUCGGCUGCUUCCCCCCAUACAGCAGGGGCACCCGGGACCCCCCUGUCUCAGGGAGGCCGCGCCCUGGUCUGGAGGGAAACGGGGGCUGCUCUGGGCUUCUCAGCCUUCUGGAACGCCCCCCGCGGAAGGCGGCAAAGGGACCAGCCACAGCUCAACCUCUGGCCAGCGUUGGUCUCGGCUGCAGCUCAUGGACAGACCCAGUGAAGAUGUGUCUUCAGAUGCUGGGGACGUGUGCCCUGAUUCUUUCUGAGCGUGUGUGUGUGUGUGUUUGCGUGCGUGUGUGUGACUGUGUGUGCAUGCAUGAGUGUGUGUGCAGGUACGGUUGCGUGUGCCUUUAGGUGACUGUUUAUUGAAAAUAAAAAUCUUGGU